UGCUCUCUGCGUCUGCUGUGCUGUCUGCGGAUCUGCUCUCAUCGGAAGUUCGGAACUGCUUUCUGCUGAUACUUUCUUUCACUUCAGUUCAUCGACCCUGCUUUCUGCUGUUUUGCUCCACUGGCACUUGUCUCUGCUCUCACCGGCGCUUGUCUCUGCUCUCACCGACGCCGGUCACCUUCCGUGUGCCUUCUGUUCUGCAAUUGGCCUGCACUGCUUCUUCACAGCUCACACUUCACAUUCACAGCUUCUCCCACCCGAGCACAGUAAAAUGUCAUCAUCUGGACAAAAUUCAGCUUCAGCAGCAACUCCUACAUCCUCACAAUUGCAAUCCUUAAGUUGAAAAUGAUGAAAAUUAUGAUGUUGAAAAUGAUUUUUGUGAACGUGAUGCAUGGUUCAAUGAAGAUCCUCCUAAUUUAAGGAGAAAUGAAUGAACAAGUCCUUUAUGAGUUUAUUUUAUUUGUAUUUGAAACUUAAAUGAAUUGUUAUCUAUUUAGAUUUAAGCUUUUUUUAGACAUCUUUUUCUAUUUGUUUUUGGAUUUGAAACUUGUAUUAUUUGCUUGCUUACUUGUUUUUUUUAUAUGUAUUUUGUUUUGAGAAUUAAUAUUGAGAUUAUUU